GCAGUAGGAAACCCUUCCUCGCUGUCACUUUGUCAGUUCAGUCUGUUCACUAGUCCCUGCAUGGAAGUGGAAUUGCUAGGGAGACGAGGGAAUCCCACUAUAGUUUCGCCUCACUCCUGAUGAAUUUGUAUCAACGUUACCAAGCUUGGUUUGUCUGUCUCAGUCUGCCUGUUCCAUUCGCUGCGUCCACAAGCAUGGCUUGGAGUGAAGUAUAGCGCCACAUCAUCUCGGACUGUCAAGCCGUGUAGAAUACACAACUGAUGCUGUACAACAAACGGUGUAUUUUACAGAAGAAAUUCAUCAGAGGAACCAAGUAGGCCUAUAUUUCAUUGAUGAGGCAACCACCAAGUGACUUCGACAAUAUGGCAUUGAGCAGGACGCUUUUGCCAUCCAUAUCCACAUUUGCAAGCGGUCCGACUGUCAAGAAUAAAUCCAUGGGACAUGCGAAUUUGAGAUGGAAGGAGGAUAUCUCCACUGGCAUGACCAAGAGAGAGCCUGAAGACCUGGACCUACUAGACUACGACUUUAUCCUGUCCAACACUAUGCUGCAACAGCAGGCUGAGGCCAUGGCAGCAAGUGGGUCCCAGAACCUGUCCCCUUCCCCAGGCUCCUACUCCUCCUACCAGCUCCCCUCUCCCCAGGACUCUGCCCACAGUGACAUGCUGUACACCAUCCCUGACAUCAGCGACGUGUCCCCCUCUGGGGGGUUCGUGGCCGAGCUGAUGAGGCCUGAACUGGAUCCGGCAUACCUCCACCCCACCAGCCUGCAUGGCAAGUUUGUGGUGAAGACCACCAUGGAUAUGGCAGAGUACGGCCACAGCAUUAAUAUGAUUAGUAAGGCCGGUGUUGGUGUCGGUGCUGCCACGGACCACUCCUCCUCAUUGCCGUUUGUUUGCCAUAUGAUAAAGCAGGAGAACCCCAGCAUGUGCACCAUCACCCAACCCAUGGACCUCCACCUUGGGGGGGUGAACUCACACUCCCAGCCCAGGUCUGGACAGAGGCCCCACCUCGACCCCCACGGUUUCCCCCCAGGGGGGCGUCCUAUGACAGCCAGCCGAUCAGCCUCAUCUCUGUCCCCGGACCACACACUGGCCAGGGACCACCACCCUUCCAGCCAGGUGUUAUCCCACCCCCAGGUCCCUCUGCCUGGCCAGGGCUACCACCACAACUCUCCGACAGGCUACUCCCCCUUCCCUCAACAGCCUGGGUCUCUACAGUACCAAGAGCUCAUGUCCCCCGGCGGAGAAUGUCUACCGGAGGAGCCCAAACCCAAACGCGGCCGGCGCUCCUGGCCCAGGAAGAGAAUCGCCACACACACGUGUGACUACGCCGGCUGUGGGAAAACAUACACCAAGAGCUCCCACCUCAAGGCACAUCACCGAACCCACACAGGAGAGAAGCCUUAUUGCUGUGACUGGGAGGGCUGCGGCUGGAAGUUUGCCCGUUCGGACGAGCUCACGCGGCACUACAGGAAACACACCGGGCAUCGCCCCUUCCAGUGUGCCAAGUGUGACAGGGCCUUCUCAAGGUCCGACCACCUGGCUCUACACAUGAAGAGACACCUAUGAGACAGUCACUGGACUCACUGGACACCAUGGACCAAGACUAAAAUACUAUAAAUAUUAUUACACAGCGACCUGAACUACACAACAACAUUGUCUUAUAGCCAUCCAUUGUCAAAGCACCAAGACAAGCUGUGUGUUUCCUGGUAAAGAGUGUUACACUCUCAAGGGUCCAACCCAAUGACUAAAGACUGUUCUUUGUCCAUCUAUGGGCUCGUGAUCUGACAUUUGACAAGACCCCUCAGAACAACUUAUUUUGUGGGACAAAACUGGAAUUGUUAAUCUAUUUAUCGACAAAACCUGGAGGACUAGGUGCCAACGUAUGACUGGAAAUGUAUUAGCAGAGAUUUACAGGGACAGUCCUAGCCACUACGCGAUCACAAUUUUUUUGAUUGUCUGAAGAUUAUGAUCACUUGCCCUAAAAUGUAAAUGUGCUAUUUCCACACAGAAGUGCCAUAUAUUGCCUGCCUUUCACCUACACAUUGGGGAGGAAUCAGAAAGAUCACUACUGGAAUUCUUUACAUUUUGGUUGUUUUAUUAGUAAAAACAUUCUCAGAGCAAGCUCAACUUGCCCGACUGCUGUAAAUUCCAUACAUUGUCUGUCUUUCACUCAAAUAAUGAGGAGGAACCAGAAAGGUCAGUUUUAGGCUACUGGAAGUUUUUGCAGUUUGGUUGUUUUCACUGCAGCAAUGGGUCAACCUCAGAGCAGGCUCAACUUGCCCCUGGCCAUAGCGCUAACCCUGACCCUUAAUGUCAAUCCCUGUAUUGGUUAUCAGGGAAACAAGAAACUCAGACAGAACACAGAAGUGAUGGAACCCAUCCUAAGAGGCCUUCUAUCUAUUCAAUCAGCAACAUUCCAUUUGUCUUUGUUUGUCAAGUUCAUACUGUAAAACAUACUGUAUUAGACAUUUAUAUUUAUAUUACUCUACUCUUCCAAGCCAUUGACUUCAGGUACAAAUUAAAUGUAUAUGUUACAGGAUGGUGCUCAAAGACUUUAGUAUAAUAAAAGGUACCAAAGAUUUAAAAAAGAAAACAGAUAAGAGUAUCAAAGUGUGGUUGUCUUGUCUGUGAGUUUCCUGGAGACCUCUCUUCUUCCACAAUUUGACUUUAAUCAGGUGAAUUACUUUGCUCCUCAAUCUCUCAGUGCGCUGUGGUCGCAAAGUGCAAUAAUGUUAUGAGACAUUCAUAUUAUUUUUUUAAAGAAAUGAGUAACUCUGAACAAUUUGUUUGUUUGUUUAUAGACUAAAUAUGUUAUAUAAUCUUAAAUUUUGUACAUUUGUAAAUAAAAGGCUUUUAAAUGUUUUGUAUUGUCUUUUACAACAUAAAGAAUAAAAUAUAUUUGAAAUUAACUUUUUAUGUACUGAUCACUGCUGUUUUUCUGUAAAUUAUUCCAUAAUCACAUUUACCUGUACAAUGUUUUGAUAAAUGUA